UGUCACGUGACCCACGCUAACCGCCAUCUUUGCUUAUCGUAUAAACAGUGCGACCGGGCUCAGCACGAAUUCUUGCCGAGAAAUCGCGGUUUUUCCAGUGUUUUUGAGUGAUUCGAUCGCAGGGAAAUGUCCGAGAUUAAGGCGGAAAACAAGAACGAUAACAAUAUCGAGGAUGCGUCGAAGGAUCAUUCGGCAGAGGAGAAACCGAUUCCAGUGAAAAACAAACGAGGAGGCACCAAAAGACUGUCCACAUUGGAAAGGACCACUCAGGAAGGCGAACGACUCACAAAGGAUUUAAACGCAUCCGUUGGAGAAGUGGAAGGAAGGAGGCGUACUCGUAGUUCAGCACGGGGUCUUGCAUCAUCGACGCCUGUACCGUCUCCACCUAAAAAGGAGAAGAGAGAUACGUCGACAAAGAGUACUGGUCGCGGACGCGGGCGUCCGAAACGGCAAGAGAAAAACAAUGAGAACAACACGGACGAAGAAGCAGCGAAUAACAAGGGUGAGAAGCAUUCCGAGGAGGAAUCUAUGAAAAUGGAUGUGGACGAGAAUAAGGAUGAAACAGAGAAAUUAGUAGAGAACGAGGAUAAAAGUGCUAUAAAAUCAGAAAGUAAAGAAACCAUUGAAAAGAUACAGGAACCAAACUUCAAGGAAGAAAAAAUGACGGAAGAAUCAGAAAAUUUUACGGAAGAUAAUAAAAGUACUAGUGUCAGCGAAGAGAAAAAGGAGGAAGACAUAAAGGAUAGCUCGGAUUCGAGUCAAGAUGCGACAGACACAACGGCGGAAGCACCACCCUCAUCUUCUUCGGAGUCUCAAAACCCCUCUAAUACUACUACUACCGAGGAAAAUAAGGAAUAACCUCCUUUCGCCUGUUUACCAACUUCAUCAGGUACCAGGGCGGCGCACACAUUGGGGUUACAAAUCCAGUCCCCUCGUCUAUUUUAACAAAUUGACACCUACUUGCCAAUCGUUGCUCUGAUCAGCGCACGCGAGAUUUGUUUUACUUCUCUUCCGAAUUCGAAGAUGAGACAUUGGAAUGUGUUUAAAAACACGCGUUCUUUACAUGUUGGAAUACAUGUUUCAUUGACACGUAUGUACUCUCAAUGGUAUCGAGUGUACCAUAGUAUAAUUGUUUUAAUUCAGUUUUACUCUGACCGAGUAAAAUUGCUCGUUGCACUGGUUAGUUGACGAUAGCAAGCGAGGUGUAGAGCAUACGUUGUUCAUGUACAAUGAUAAUAUUAUUGUAAAAUAUAUUUAAUAUGGACUUAUAUAGAGACAAGUUGUUUUCAAAUCAGAGCUGAGAUUGGACUCUACAAAUACGGUCUUUAAUUCAGAUCUGAUAUGGAAGUAGCUGAAAUUAAUUCGUACAUAGCAAAUUACUGUAAUACCUUAUCUUAUAUAAAUAAUGACUGAAUGAAAUGGAAUAUAUGAGAAUUAUGGUAAAACGAUUUCUCUUUUUUCAUGGAAUACAGAAAUAAAAUUUCUGAGAAACGCGUCUUAGCGUGAAA